GGGCGAUGCUCAACUCUUCGCUGACACGCAAGUUCUAGCCGUCUGCUCCUGUGGUACGGGUUUGGGGUGUUCGGUUGCCGCCAUAGAAUGCAGGUGUCUGGUCUAGUGUGUCAGAACUAAUUUAUACUAUGUGUCUUUUGUAAGUGAACAGUGAACUGUUGGUGCAAACCUUAGACUGAUGGAUUCCGUGGAUACCUGCACAGGGCUUUGAAUAAAUGACCUGGAUGAGUAAGAGCAGGUCCACAUGCUGAGAUAUGGUGAUCGUCACACGGGGAGACUAUAUUUGGAUAGAACCCAUUUCUGGUUACGAGUUUGAUGUUGCGAUCGGAGCAAGAGUAAUCUCAGCAGAAGGGCGAAGAAUCCAAGUCAAAGAUGACGAUGGCAAGGAGCAGUGGCUCACGCCGGAGAGGCGUAUCAAGGCGAUGCACGCCACCUCGGUGCAAGGGGUGGAAGACAUGAUCUCUCUGGGGGACCUCCACGAGGCCGGCAUCUUGCGCAACCUGCUCAUCCGCUACAACGAGAACCUCAUCUACACAUACACUGGUUCCAUCCUGGUGGCUGUGAAUCCUUACCAGAUACUGCCGAUAUACACCGCUGAGCAAAUUAAGUUGUACAAAGACAGGAAGAUAGGAGAGCUACCUCCACACAUAUUUGCUAUUGGGGACAAUAGCUACACGCACAUGAAGCGGUAUGGCCAGGACCAGUGCAUAGUCAUUAGCGGCGAGAGCGGAGCGGGCAAGACGGAGAGCACCAAACUGAUCCUGCAGUACCUGGCGGCCAUCAGCGGCAAGCACUCCUGGAUAGAGCAGCAGAUCCUCGAAGCCAACCCUAUCCUGGAAGCAUUUGGUAAUGCCAAAACCGUCCGUAACGACAACUCUUCGAGAUUCGGUAAAUACAUCGACAUACACUUCAGCCACCAGGGGGUGAUUGAAGGGGCGAAGAUUGAGCAGUAUCUGCUCGAGAAAUCCCGCAUUGUGUCCCAGAACAGCGACGAGCGGAACUACCACGUGUUCUACUGCAUGUUGGCAGGCCUUUCCAACGAAGAAAAGCAGCGUCUGGAGCUCAGAGAUGCUUCCCAUUAUAAAUACCUAACAGGGGGCGGUAGUAUAACAUGUGAAGGCAGAGACGAUGCAGCAGAAUUCGCAGAUAUCAGAUCUGCUAUGAAGGUUUUGCUGUUCUCCGAUCAAGAAAUCUGGGAAAUAUUGAAACUCUUGGCUGCUGUGCUGCAUAUGGGAAACAUCAAGUACAAAGCAGCGGUUAUCGACAAUCUGGAUGCAACAGAAAUCCCGGACCACAGCGACGUGCAGAGGGUAGCCAGUUUGCUGGGGGUCCCUAAGCAACCUCUUAUUGAUGCCCUGACCAGAAAAACUAUAUUUGCUAGUGGAGAGACUGUGGUGUCAACUUUAUCCAGGGAACAGUCUGUCGAUGUGAGGGAUGCAUUUGUGAAGGGAAUAUAUGGCAGGCUGUUUGUGUGGAUUGUUAACAAAAUUAACAACGCCAUCUACAAGCCUAAAGGGAUUACAAGGAGCGCUAUUGGAGUGUUGGACAUCUUUGGCUUUGAAAACUUCUCAAUGAACAGUUUUGAGCAGUUCUGCAUCAACUUCGCUAACGAGAACCUUCAGCAGUUUUUCGUCCAGCACAUAUUCAAGCUGGAGCAGGAGGAGUAUAAUCUGGAAGGAAUAAACUGGCAACACAUUGAGUUUGUGGACAAUCAGGAUGCCCUCGACCUUAUCGCUGCUAAACAGCUGAACAUCAUGGCUCUUAUUGAUGAGGAGUCCAAAUUCCCUAAGGGCACUGACCAGACUAUGUUGGCGAAGCUUCACAAAACCCACGGCACCCACAGGAACUACUUGAAGCCAAAAUCAGACAUUAACACAUCGUUUGGCAUGAACCAUUUCGCAGGAGUUGUCUUCUACGAUACAAGAGGUUUCCUGGAGAAGAACCGCGACACCUUCAGCGCGGACCUACUCCAGCUCAUCCACAUCUCCAACAACCGGUUCCUGCAGACGCUGUUCGCGGACGACAUCGCCAUGGGCUCGGAGACGCGCAAGAGGACGCCCACGCUCUCCACGCAGUUCAAGAAGUCGCUCGACUCCCUCAUGAGGACGCUCAGCAGCUGCCAGCCGUUCUUCAUCCGCUGCAUCAAGCCCAACGAGUACAAGAAGCCCAUGUUGUUUGACAGAGGGUUAUGCUGUCGCCAGUUACGAUAUUCUGGCAUGAUGGAGACAAUUCGAAUAAGAAGAGCAGGGUAUCCAAUCAGGCAUAGCUUUACAGAGUUUGUUGAGCGCUACAGAUUCCUCAUUUCUGGUGUCCCACCAUCUCACAAGACUGACUGUCGGAUGGCGACUGCGAAGAUUUGCCACUCGGUGCUGGGUCUGUCAGAUUACCAACUGGGGCACACCAAGGUGUUUUUGAAAGAUGCGCACGAUCUGUUCUUGGAGCAGGAGAGGGACAGGGUGCUCACAAGGAAGAUCCUCAUACUGCAACGCUCCAUCCGAGGAUGGGUGUACAGAAGGAGAUUCGUCCGAAUGAAGGCAGCUGCAAUAACAAUCCAGAAAUACUGGAAGGGCUACGCCCAACGGAAGCGGUAUCAGAAGAUGAGGGUGGGAUACAUGCGUCUUCAGGCGCUCAUUAGAGCUCGGGUCCUGUCGCACCGCUUCAGGCAUCUCCGAGGCCACAUUGUGGGACUUCAGGCUCGUUCUCGUGGUUACCUUGUGCGUAGAAUGUACAGACAAAAAAUGUGGGCAAUUGUCAAGAUUCAGACCCACGUACGGCGCAUGAUUGCUCAGAGACGUUACAAGAAGAUCAAGUAUGAUUACCGGCACCACAUCGAAGCAUUGCGACUGAGAAAGAAAGAAGAAAAAGAGUUGAAAGAUGCUGGAAACAAACGUGCCAAAGAAAUUGCAGAACAUAAUUACAGGGAGCGCAUGCUGGAGCUGGAGCGCAAGGAGAUAGAGCUGGAGCUGGAGGAGCGGCGGCGCAUGGAGAUCAAGAAGAACCUCAUCAACGACGCGGCCAAGAAGCAGGACGAGCCCGUGGACGACAGCAAGCUGGUGGAGGCCAUGUUCGACUUCCUGCCCGACUCGAGCAGCGAGGCCCCGGCCGCGGCCAGGGAGACCUCGGUGUUCAUGGAUCUGCCAGUUUCUAAAGACCAGCAUGAAAUCAUCAGUCCGAUGAUGCUAGCGCCCGAGGAUGAAGAAGAUUUGUCCGAGUUCAAGUUCCAGAAGUUUGCUGCCACAUACUUCCAGGGCAACAUCACCCACCAGUAUUCCAGGAAGCCUCUGAAACAUCCGUUACUGCCACUACACACACAAGGAGACCAGCUGGCGGCGCAAGCUCUGUGGAUCACGAUCCUGAGGUUCACGGGAGAUCUGCCGGAACCCCGCUACCACACCAUGGACAGAGACAACACCUCAGUCAUGUCCAAGGUCACGGCAACUUUGGGCAGGAACUUCAUUCGCAGCAAGGAGUUCCAAGAAGCGCAGAUGAUGGGCAUGGAUCCGGAAACGUUCCUGAAGCAGAAGCCUCGGUCCAUCAGACACAAGCUGGUGUCGCUCACGCUCAAGCGCAAGAACAAGCUCGGGGAGGACGUCCGACGCAGGCUGCAAGACGACGAGUACACGGCAGACAGCUACCAGACCUGGCUGGAGAGUCGGCCCACGUCAAACCUGGAGAAACUGCACUUCAUCAUCGGGCAUGGGAUCCUGAGAGCUGAGCUCAGGGAUGAAAUCUACUGCCAGAUCUGUAAGCAGCUGACAAACAAUCCUUCCAAAUCCUCACACGCCAGGGGCUGGAUUUUGUUGUCAUUGUGUGUGGGGUGUUUUGCGCCCUCUGAGAAGUUUGUCAACUACCUACGGGCGUUCAUCCGCGAGGGCCCGCCUGGCUACGCACCGUACUGUGAAGAAAGACUGAAGAGGACAUUCAAUAAUGGCACUCGCAACCAGCCCCCUAGCUGGCUCGAACUUCAGGCAACUAAGUCCAAGAAACCCAUCAUGUUGCCUAUCACGUUCAUGGAUGGCAACACGAAGACUCUGCUGGCAGACUCGGCCACCACAGCUCGGGAACUGUGCAAUCAGUUGUCAGAUAAGAUCAGCCUCAAGGACCAGUUCGGUUUCUCUCUGUACAUAGCACUUUUCGAUAAGGUGUCGUCCCUUGGCAGUGGAGGGGACCACGUGAUGGAUGCCAUAUCCCAGUGCGAGCAGUACGCCAAAGAGCAGGGUGCUCAGGAGAGAAACGCACCGUGGCGGUUGUUCUUCCGGAAGGAGAUAUUCGCGCCGUGGCAUGACCCCACAGAGGACCAAGUGGCCAGCAACCUCAUCUACCAGCAAGUGGUCCGAGGGGUUAAGUUCGGAGAGUACAGGUGUGACAAGGAAGAAGACCUGGCAAUGAUUGCCGCCCAGCAGUAUUACAUCGAGUAUGGGUCAGAUUUAGGAUUAGAACGCCUUUUCAACCUCAUGCCCAGUUACAUUCCCGACUACUGCCUCGCGACUUCAGAGAAAGCCCUGGAGCGCUGGGGGCAGCUUGUUGUCCAAGCUUACAAGAAGAGCUAUUAUUUAAAAGAGAAAAUUCCAGCCUUGAAAGUAAAAGAAGACGUUGUGAGUUACGCCAAAUUCAAGUGGCCGCUUCUGUUUUCUAGAUUCUAUGAAGCUUACAGGAACUCAGGGCCUAACCUUCCAAAGAAUGACGUCAUCAUUGCUGUUAAUUGGACUGGAGUGUACGUGGUGGAUGACCAAGAGCAAGUUCUGCUUGAACUGUCCUUUCCUGAAAUCACCACUGUUUCCAGCCACAAAACAAAUAAAGUUUUCUCCCAGACAUUCACACUUUCCACAGUUCGAGGUGAGGAGUUCACGUUCCAGAGUCCAAAUGCUGAAGACAUCCGUGAUCUGGUUGUAUACUUUCUUGAAGGUUUGAAGAAGCGAUCAAAAUUUGUCAUUGCUUUGCAAGACUACAAAGCACCAGGUGAGGGAUCGUCAUUCCUGACAUUCCAGAAGGGCGACCUUAUAGUGCUGGAAGACGACAGCACGGGUGAAACCGUAAUGAACUCUGGCUGGUGCGUUGGACGUUGUGAAAGAACCGGAGAGAAGGGAGACUUUCCAGCAGAAACUGUGUACGUUUUGCCAGCGUGUAGCAAGCCGCCACAAGACAUUCUGGCGUUAUUCAGUUUGGAAGGAGCGGAACAUGGACGCAAACUCUAUAACCAGCAAGUAAAUGGAACUGAUACCAGGGAAAAGCCUCAUAAUCUUGCAGAGUAUGCUGUUGAUCACUUCAGGCCUCCCCCGAAGCGCACCAUGUCGAAGGCGUUGACUUUGACGUCAGUGCGUCGCGGCGGGCCGGAGGACCUCUGGAGACACGGCAGGGAACCGCUGAAGCAGCCAUUACUGAAGAAGCUGCUGAGCAAAGAAGAGCUGGCAGAAGAAGCGUGCUUUGCUUUCACGGCAAUGCUGAAGUACAUGGGAGAUCUCCCUACCAAGCGGCCGCGCAUCGGCAACGAGUACACCGACCAGAUCUUUGAUGGGCCUCUGAAGCAUGAAAUACUCCGGGAUGAGAUCUACUGUCAGAUCAUGAAGCAGCUGACAGACAACAGGAACAGACUGAGUGAGGAGAGAGGUUGGGAGCUGAUGUGGCUUGCCACUGGAUUGUUUGUUUGUAGUCAAAACCUGCUCAAGGAGCUAACAUCGUUUCUACGGACUCGCCGCCAUCCCAUAUCCCAAGAUUCCCUGCAGCGGUUACAAAAAACACUGCGCAACGGCCAGAGGAAGUACCCUCCGCACCAAGUCGAAGUGGAGGCCAUUCAGCACAAGACCACUCAGAUAUUCCACAAGGUGUACUUCCCCGAUGACACCGAUGAAGCCUUCGAAGUGGACUCCUCCACGAGAGCCAAGGACUUCUGCCAGAACAUUUCCCAGAGACUGAAUCUUCGUUCCAGCGAAGGUUUCAGCUUGUUUGUGAAAAUUGCUGACAAGGUGAUAUCCGUGCCUGAGGGCGACUUCUUUUUUGACUUUGUCAGACAUCUGACUGACUGGAUAAAGAAGGCACGUCCUUCGAGAGAUGGAACUUCACCCCAGUUUACAUAUCAAGUGUUUUUCAUGAAGAAACUGUGGACGAACACCGUCCCAGGCAAGGACAGGAACGCAGAUCUGAUAUUUCACUUCCACCAGGAGCUGCCGAAACUGUUGAGAGGGUACCAUAAAUGUACCAAAGAAGAAGCAUCUCGGUUAGCAGCGUUAGUGUAUAGAGUCAGGUUCGGUGAGAGCAAACAAGAAUUACAAGCCAUCCCGCAAAUGCUUCGAGAAUUGAUACCUUCAGAUCUUAUGAAAAUUCAAAAUGCAAAUGAUUGGAAGAGGUCCAUUGUUGCAUCAUACAAUCAAGAUGCAGGAAUGAGCCCUGAGGAAGCUAAAAUAACAUUCCUUAAGAUAAUUUACCGCUGGCCAACUUUUGGGUCUGCAUUCUUUGAAGUAAAACAGACAACUGAGCCAAACUAUCCAGAAAUGUUGCUGAUAGCCAUCAACAAACAUGGUGUUAGCCUUAUACACCCACAAACCAAGGACAUCCUCGUUACGCACCCUUUCACCCGCAUUUCCAAUUGGUCAUCUGGCAACACUUACUUCCACAUGACCAUCGGCAACUUGGUUCGCGGGUCCAAGCUCCUGUGCGAAACGUCGUUGGGUUACAAGAUGGAUGAUCUACUCACGUCGUACAUCUCACUCAUGCUCACCAACAUGAACAAACAGAGAGGAACCUUGCGAAUAAAAUGAAAUUGAAGGCAACCUUCUAGAAUUGACUCAUCAGUUUUAAAAUGUUGAUUUAGAGAAUCUCUCGCACUAGAGUGCAGGCUAGGGCUGGGCUGAUACUUGUAUUAGUUUCAAAAAUUUGACUGAAGCUACAUUAGAGAUCCUGCUUGGAAUUAUUUCCUUAGGGGGAAAAAUGUUUUGUUGUAAAUUGAGGAAAGUUUGUACCAAAUGAGAAUUUAAAUGAGACCAUGUAGUGACUGGUACAGACUGCAUAUAAGUUAUAAAAUUGAGGUUAUAAAAAUUGUUAUUAUAUUAUAAGUGCUAGGAGUACCUAUUUAUUAUGGGCAGUAUAACUUUGUGGUUACUAUAUCCUUGAACAUAUUCAGGUCACAUUUAAUAAUGCAUCUCUAUAAUGUAUCAAUUAAUGGAAGUGAUGCUAUUAAGACAUAAAGCAGUUUUAUAUAAUUUAUAAAUCUGUGCCAUGUUGACACAAACUGUUUGUCAAUAGGUAACAGGACAGACUUUUUUUUUUUCCUUUGUAAAGCAAAUAAUAAUUUGCAUGGUAUAGUGACUAAUAAUUAAUACAGUAUUUAAGUUACCCAAAAUCUUGUUUGUUUUGCUUAAAUGCUUAUUACUAAUGCAGUGUGUUGCAUACAUAUACAUCUACACACACAUAAUAUUACAUUAAGACAAGGAGCAGGUAUCAAAAACUUUGAAUGACAGAAGGCAUCAGCCCAGCAUUAGCAAAAUAUUUGUAAGUACAUAAGUACUGUGUGACUGAAUUUUGGUAAGUCAUCCACACUUUCUCUAGUAGUUAUAGUUAUUUAUGAUUUUAAUUAUAACUCAAGAUGAGUAUGUCAUGUCUAAUUCAGGGUUCCCAAACCUGCACUAGAAAUUCCAUAAAAGUAUUUUUACCUUUCUCUGAACCUAAUUAUCUGGUGUGAGUAAAAAAAUACAGUAUUAACUAUAAUUCUUUAAAUGAUUCAUGCAGUGGGGAAUUUCAAUUUAAUGCAGUUUUUUGGAAAUACACCAUUGUAGUUUUGCACUGUUUGUCAUGGAAAAAUUCUGAAGAAAAAAUAUGAAGAUUAAAAAAAAUCGCAGAAAACAAGACUCAAUUCAACUGAUUCAAUCUUAUUUUCUUUAAAAAAAAUUAUCUUUUUUUCCCCCCCCAGAAUUUUUCCAAGGCAAACAGUGCAAAACUGCAAUGGUGUAUGUCCAAAAUACUGCAUUAAAUUAACUAUUGUGUGUGUUGUUAAUUGACUUAUAUUUUCAAACAUCCUGCUGGAUGCUUUAUAUUGUUCGUGUAAUUAUUGUUCAAACAAAGCAAUACUGGCAUUAAAUCACUAAAGAAAAUGAGCCAAUAAAAAUACAAACAAAUAUUUUAAUCCAUAAAUUAUGCUAAGUGGGAAACUGGCACAAGUACUUCAUUUUACACUGUCUGUAGAAAUUAAUUUAUAAUUGUCAAUGUAAGUGUUUUGGAGAAGCUGCAAUGUCGUGUAGAAUAAAAAAAGUGAGAAAGUCUUUCAGUACUCCCGAGUGAUGUGUAAACAUCUAACAUUCGGUAAUAAGCAAAUUCAUGUGUUGCAAUUAAACUUACAAUAUGUGUUACUUGCCUUAUUGUGUUUCUGGCAUAUUUUAUAACCCCAGCCUUAUAAAAACCACAUGGCAAAGCAUUGCGCUGUUCAAAUCCGAGCGUGAUAAAUAUUCGCUUUUUAAGUACGUACUUUCUCCACCCACCACCUGAAUCAUAACGAUGAUUUCCACCAUCACUGUAGAUGGCAGCACAAACAGCACAAAACAGAAGGAAAUUUUAAACAAUUAUAAACAGCUCUGAUAAAAGUGAAAAAAAAAAAACCUUGAAUACUAAACCUGGCUUUGAACCUGAUUUUCUACAAGGAAUUAUAUUAAAAUACUGCCCAUCUUGUUAAAAUUUGCUAAAAAAAAUUAAUACGCUAAAGUUUCUCCACACGUAAGAUGACUUUAAAUUAUAAUAAAGUAUUAAAUGAUAGUUGUAUUAUUAUAAAGUUUUAUUUUUUAAUACCUUUGUGAAUUCAUGGACAUUUAUUUUCUAAUAAACAUAAUUAAUUUAAUUUUACGUAAGGAUAUGGCCUGCCUGGUAUGAAAUAUCAAUCUAAUGGACUGAGCUAUGUAUUUAAUAAUAUUAUAGCACUAAGAUAAAUAAAUUUGAUGUAUUCAACUCUUAAUGUAUAUUUGUUUAAAGUACAAUUUGUAUAAUCCAAUCUAAUUAAAAAAUAAGUAAAAAAAAAGUUUUCCCAAUGACGAGGUUUGAACACGUCAAAAGUUACACAUUGAAUUUAUCAACCGUGUAUUAUACCACUGAGCUAUUGAGACAUUUUGGUUAGGGAAGGAGACUAUGUUUUAUCAACGGUGUAAUAUCAAUUUUAUUACAUUUUUUUAAAACUUGGGAUUACUUAUUUCUAUGACUAUUUUAGUUUACUAAAUAUAUUUCAGGGUAGUUCCACUAUCAUAAGUUUUAUUUGGCACACCAAUAUAUUUGGCAUGAACCCUAAUAUUUAUGAAAGUGACUAUAUACGCAUUUAUGUUGCUACACAUGGGUCCGCCAUCUUAGUGUCACAUUUCCGUUCAUUGACGUCCGUUUCAUUUUCACGAAUUUACUCCUACCAAAUGCCGUAUUCCGAGAGCUAAGAUGUUUACACAUAAAGAAAGGCAUCUUGUUGCCUAUCCUGACUUAUUAACAGUAAAAUCAAAAGUUGUGAAUUAAAAUAAUUUCUUUUAGAUCAUAAUUCUGAUGCAACAACAUUCCUCUCAUAUCUUCCUACGGCAAUAAAGACUUAUAGAUAUCAAACGUUUUAAUAUUGAUGUAUUAAAUCAAAUACUUAAUUGGGUUGCAAUAAGGACUUUUGUAGAUGAAGCUAAAUAUUUUUAUGUUUUGCUUAGAAGUAUAACGUACGUUAUAAGAAUUGUACUAUUUCUAGGAACAGAAAAAAAUAAUAAUUUGUGUUUGCUGUUAAGAUAGUCUUGUGUAUGAACCAACAGUGGUGGUUCACAACUUAAAUUUGACUCAGUGCAAUUACAUUUCACUUUUUGUGAAAGAUCUGUUGAAACAAUGAUGUUUAAAAAUAUAUCUGUUUAUUUAUUAUAGUUACUAAAUGAACACUUUGUACAUAAUUCUCAAGUGAUUAACAUAGAUCUGUAAUGUUGAAUUGUGCAAUAUAUUGUGUAUAUACUGUAUGUUAUUGUCAUAUGAAUUGUUUAGUGUUUAAUGAAUAAUCAAGAAUUGUUACUUUUACUUCAAGAAACAAAGCAACUAUAAUUGUUUUAAUACUUUACUGUAAAUAAUAAUGCUUUUAUAAAAA